GAGAGCUCGCACCGCCGCAGUACGCGCGCAGUAGCAGGUCAGGCGACAGGCGAUCAGCUAAGCCAUCGAAGUCCAAGCACGCGCGCGCCAUCUGACAGGUAGAGGAAAUGGCUGGCGGCGGCGAGGAGACGACAGUGGUGGUGCGGAACAAGAAGGUGGUGCUGAGGAGGCACGUGACCGGGUAUCCCACGGAGGAGGACAUGGAGAUCGUGGCCGACACCGUUCGUCUGUCCGUGCCAGCGGGACUGACGGCCGUGCUGGUCAAGAAUCUGUACCUGUCCUGCGACCCCUGGAUGCGCCUUCGCAUGACCAAGCACGACGACGGCGCCUCCAUACCGGUACCGGCCACAGACUUUGUCGUCGGGGAGGUUUUGGUCAAUUACGGAGUGGGAAAGGUGAUCGACUCGACGUACCCGGGGUUCAACGCCAGCGACCUCGUCUGGGGGAUGAGCGGAUGGGAGGAGUACACCCUCGUCACCCACCCAGAGUCUCUGAUAAAGAUCAAUCAUCCCGAGCUGCCGCUCUCUUACUACACAGGUGUUCUUGGCAUGCCAGGGCACACCGCGUAUGCUGGCUUUGUUGAGGUCGGGAGGCCAAAGAGAGGCGACUCGGUGUUCGUCUCGGCAGCGUCGGGUGCCGUCGGCCAGGUUGUCGGGCAGCUCGCCAAGAUCGCCGGCUGCUACGUCGCAGGAAGCGCCGGCUCCGAUGAGAAGGUCGAACUCUUGAAGAGCACGUUCGGUUUCGACGACGCGUUUAACUACAAGUCAGAGAAGGACCUCGCCGCCGCACUCCAGCGGUGCCUCCCGCACGGCAUCGACAUCUACUUCGACAAUGUUGGCGGCGCGACUCUGGACGCGGCACUGCUGCACAUGCGCCACGGUGGCAGAGUCGUCGCCUGCGGGAUGAUCUCGCAGUACAACCUGGAAGAGCCUGACGGCUUGCGCAAUCUGGGCUGCAUCAUCUCCAAGGCUGUCCGGGUGGAAGGGUUCAGCGUCCGCGGCUACCUCCACGGGUAUGCCAGGUUCGAAGAGGAGAUGGCCGGAUACAUCAGGGAGAGGAAGGUGGCCGUCGUGGAGGACGUUGUCGACGGGAUCGAGAGGGCGCCGGCGGCGCUCAUCGGGCUGUUCACGGGGAGGAAUGUUGGGAAACAGUUGGUGGUGCUCGAAAGGGAGUGAGUUGAAAGUGUUUACCUCUUUUGUAUUGCUAUAUAAUAAAAUAAUAAAGACGUUCAGAUGUCAAGGUAUUAA